AUGCUUUUCCUGGAUGAUUUCCUUGAAAUGCUGGACGAGCUCCCUGCUGAGCUGCGAGAACGAUGCACGGAAAUGCGACAGAUCGAUAUGCAGGUUGAAGCUGGCCUCGCGCAAAAUCGGCAGGCUCUGAUCGAAUUUUUCGACUGCGGAGGACAACUCACUGAAGAGCAAAAGCAGCAUCCGAUAUCAGGAGCUUCAAAAGGUAUGGGAACGAAUAGAAUCUUUGACGACGGUCCAAGAUUUCUUAAUAUUUCUUUUCUUCAGGAAUACAAUCGGCUUCGUCUCUUGGGAGAAAUGAAAGUAUCUCUUGCUGAACGAAUGCAGGAGGUUCUAGAAACAUAUAUGCAAUAUCUAGAUAAGGAGAAAACACAUUUCAAGUAUGAACUAGAAGCUGAUAAUCCAGGCAUUACAGAAGUCAUUGAAACGCGGUUUGCCAAUUAUUGCGAGUCGCUGAUAGCACUACGAAAGGAACGAAAAAGAAAGCUGACCAACGGUUCCGUUGAUAAUUCCGGCGAACCUCAACCGAAGAUCUCUAGGUAUUUGCCAAAGGCCAGUGAUGGAAAUGCUUUGAGCAACUACAUCCGCAGUGAAUUCACUCUCGGCGAUGAGGAGAUAGAAUCUCCAAUGGUAUCUGGUGCAGGACCAAUCCGAAUGAAAAAAUCUUCCAAUCUAGAUGAGUUUAAUCUGAUGAGGGUAAGUCAUUUUGUGGGUGAAUGCGGCGCCUCAGCUUCCUUGGGUUUGAAGACAUCCCAUUCAGCACCAUCUACGGUGAUUCCAAACGCUGUCUCUCCAGCUGUGAGCGAGAAAAGUUGGACUCCUCUCUCUAGUCUACCUGUAUUGGAAGAGUUGCCCCCUCCUUCGGUACUGACGCCCUCGGUACGUUUUUCAUCUCGAAUUUCAGAGUUUGUGCUCGACAGCCAAAUAACCCCAUCCACAACACCUACGACUAUGCCCACGUUUGUCGGGCCGGAAAGCCGUCAUGGAAGACCUCGAAAAUUAACAUCACGUGUGCAGGAAAUGUUCAAGGAAGCAGUGCAACGCCAGCGGCACCAUUACCACCGAAGCGUUGACACCCCCCAUACUGCUGAAGUUAGCACGGAAGAGGAUGAAGAAAUUCCAGCAUCUGAAGAAGAUGACGAGGAAAGCGACGAUUCAAAACGAAAAUGGUGCUUCUGUAAUGAGAAAAGCUACGGUGAUAUGGUAGCCUGUGAUAAUAAGGCGUGCCCUUAUCAAUGGUUCCAUUACCCAUGCGUAAACAUAUCGGCAACUCCAAAGGGUCGUUGGGGAGAGAUGUUCUUCAUUUCUGAUCGAGCUAUGUUGGAACAUUAUUGUCCAUGGGAUUCAUAUCAUAUUGAAGUUCCUCAGAGGCUUGAAACUGUGUUAAAUACCCUGGAGAAACUUGAAUUUUCGUCAGAAAUAGAGCUACUGCAAUCUCGAACAGCCACUGAAGAUGAAAUUGAAAUGGUUCAUACAAAGGAUUAUAUAUCCGAAAUUAAACGGACCACAAAUAUGAGAGAGAAGGAACUAGAAGAGUUCUCCUCGAAAUAUGAAGAUAUUUACGUGAAUAGGAACACAUUUGAUGCUUCACUGUUGGCUGCAGGCUGUGUUUUCCAGCUUAUAGACGCCGUUCACCAAACU